UGGUACAAUGCAUGUGUCAAACCGGUUUGUAAAACUCAAACCGGAAACAGAGCGGCAACAACAAGGAAACGAGCUCGAUAAACACUUGAUCGUAUCUCGAGAUUCAUAACCAAGAUUCAUCAUGUCUAACGGUGGAAAGUGUUGUGUCGUAGUCUUGAUUGGCGUAGGUGUUGUAGCUAUUCUAAUUAUUGCACUUGUCGCCACAUCCCUGAAGAAGUUGGCUUCAAAGGAGGUGGGAAUCGCUUAUGACAAGUUUCAAAAGAAAUUAUCAGAUACUGUGAAGAAUGAGGGUUUGCACAAUGGUCCCCCAGGUUUUGAGUUCAUCAUCUUCCCCAAUGUCUACACUACAUUGAACUUCAGAUCUCUGUCGUGCCUCAACAAGGAUGGGGUCAUCAUUACCCUGGAUGUGGCAUACCAGUACAAGGCCAGGGUAACACAUCUCAAGGACAUCAUCCUCAAAUUUAAAGACUUUGAGGGCUACAAGAAUAUCUUAAAAUAUACAGGUUCAGCAGCCCUGCAUGAGGCGUGCAGCUUGUUCAACACUUCCCAAGUGCAGGCAGAGCGAGGGGCGUUCCAAGAGAUGGUGAGACAGAAGCUCCGGGAAAGAUACGAUCUGCUGAAGUGUGACAUCACUGAUCUCCAGGUAAACAACAUCGAACGUCCCAGGGAAUAUGAGUCAUCAAUCAGAAGCAAGGAGCGAGCUAGAGAAGACAUCCAGGUUGCUAAAAAUGAGCGUCCUCGUCUGCUGACCGAGGCUAAGACGGAGAGAAGAGAGGCAGAGACACAGUCACAGAUCAUCUUGGACAGGGCCCAAUCCGAAGCCAGGAUUCUACAAAACCAGGCAAGAGCAGAGGCCGAGGCUAUCCUUACACAGUACGAGAAGGAGGGAGAAGCAUACGAAUCUAUCCUCCGCGCCAACGGGCUCGGCUUCACCACCGAGGGUUUCAUCUCCUACAUGGGUGUCCGCGUCAUCUCCUCCGCCAAGAACCCAGUCUUCGUCGGGCUACAGAGCCCAGCCAAGUCUUCUUACCAAACCCCUUAGUACUGCUGUCAUCCACCUCAAGAGGACAGGUGCUUGUUGGACGCUGUAUUGCAGAUGUUAAGUUACUCAGUAUGUCAAUAAUUUUAGGCAUCAUGAAAGAAGUGUCAGUUGUUUAAAGUUGUAAGAAGUCAUAUACUUAUGUAUUCUCUCAGAAACUAUAAAAGGUGAAGGUCAAGGCCAUUAUGACAAUCAGUUACUGUUAAACAUGGUUAUGAAUUGUAUGACACGAAAUAUUUGACUCCCUAUUUCUAUAUGUGUGUUAAAUGACUCAAGUUUUGAAUGUUUUUUGAUACUUAAAUUUAUCAAUAUUCUUGGGCAUUUUUAAAUAGGAGCAGCUUAAGAAUCCCAAACUAAUGCAGUCUAGAAUUAAGUUGAAAUAGACCUCGGGUUUGGGGGAUUCGUUACUUGCAUGCAUUUUAUGUGAUAAAUAUCAAACCUCUAUGAUGGCUCAUUAUAACUGUUUAUUUAUGGAGAUAUUCAUUUUGGACUUUAACCAUGUUCUACUGUAAUUUAAACUGCUGAUUAGGACAUUUCUUUAGAAUCUUUAACUCAAGAAUUUUUUUAACCAUUUGAUACAGUCCUAUUUUAAACUCACAUAUGUCACUUUUGAUAAAUUCAUGGAAUUGUCUAUUAUGUUUUUAGAUGUUGCUUUUUUUUCCUCGUAACAUAGACGUAAGAUCUGAUGUAGAUGUGAACCUGUUAAUGUGAACAAUAUGUACUGUUUGAUGUCCAAGGGUUCUACCCGCUUCAUUGUAGCCUCCAUAGUUUAAUAUUAAAAUACUUAUUAUUAUGUGAAUCUUUGUAUUAUGCACUCUUGUAAUUUGAUCUCAUUUUUUCUGAUCUUUCAUCAAAAAAUUGUAUUUGUAUGAAUAUUAUGAAUCAAAUUGCAUUCUGAUAAUUUUAUGUGGUGUUCAUUUUGUAAUGAUGCAAGCAAAUUUCAGUUUGUGUGGUUCACUUUGCUUUUCUUACUAUUGUUAUGUGUUGAUAUGUUAUAUUUAGCUUUAUGAUAAUAAAACGCUUUUUUCUUACAACUAUUUGGACAGUAGGAUAGCCUAGCAGUUAAACCAUUCACUCUAAACAUCAAAGUCCCGAAAUCGAUUCCCCAAAUAUGUUCCAAUUUCUGGUGUCCUUCACUGUGAUAUUGCUGGAAUAUUGGGAAAAGUGACGUAAAACCAUACUCACUCACUCACUCUAACACCUAUUUCCCAUGACAUAUUAUGCCACUUUUUAUAAAUUAUCACUCAUUCGGGUAGAAUAUUAGUUUUGAUAAUUUUCCGUUAUUCUUUCAUGUGUAUUUUAGAGACUCUGUAUGAUCAAUGGUCGUUUGAAGUCUUAUGACAUCACACUGUACUAUUCCAUUAUCUUUUUGUUAAGAUGCCAGUCUGAUUUCAGUUUGUCAUCUGAACUGUAGGCUGCCUACAGUAAAUUUUUCUGAAGGCUUGACGAUGUGCAUAGGUUUUAUCUGAAUUGUAAAUAAGUAGGGUAUUAAAGAAACUUGAAUGUCAGAAAUAGCAGAUUAUCUGCCCUUCAUCAAUGAAUGCUGUUAGUAUGAUUCAAGAUUCAGGCUUAACUUUCAAACAGGACAGGUGUUCUAUACAUCCAUUUGGAUCAGUAAUUAUUGUCUAAUUUGUUCCCCAACAGAAAAGGGAAGAGAAAUUAAGAAAAGGACAAUAGGGUACAAUGUUUACUGUGAUGUAAAACAGCAUUGUCGAUAUGACAGUGUAUGUGCAUGUGGGAUUUGGAUUCAAGCCUUUGUACUCUAUCAACAUGGAAUUUUGCUUAUAAUAUCAAUCACUUGUUUCUUCUUCUUUUGCAGUCAUUAUGUGACAGUAUUAUUACCUAGGCACAAAGCAACUUUGGUUAACUUAUGGUGAUGUUAUGCCAGGUUUUUUUUGGUUGUAACGUUUGAAGAUUCAUCAAACAUUUUCAUUGUGUCCAUCAGUAACAACUUUGAUAGUCGUAAAUUCUGAGACAUAUAUGGUUACAAUCACCAAAGCAGCUCUUGUUGAAAAUGCAUAAAUACGUUAAAAAAUGUUAAUGGAAGUCACAUUUGUGGGUGAACCUAUAUUGUAUUUAUCCUCUGUGUACACACAUCUAUGGUAUGAUGGUAUUUGUUAACGGUAUAUAGAGAAUCUCAUUGUAAUGUCUCUUGGUAACUAAUAUAUCGGUACAAGGCGAUACAGGUGUAGAACAUUUUGGCUUGGUGAGUGGUUUUGCCCUUUAAUCAGCAUGUAUGUAUAUUGUUGAUAUUAAGAGACAUGAAGGCGAGAUUCUAUUUAUCCUCCAAAAUCAUGAUUGUAAAAGUAUCAGUUUGUAGUUGUCAAGAUUGGCAUAGGCUUCCAGCAUCCAUCCAUGAGAGACAAAUGGCAAAAUGGAAUGUUGUUAUUAUUUUUAUACAAUUGUUCCUUAACAUGCAUAAUAUCGUUUCCUAUCUGCCUGUACUGUGUGUUGUCUUCUAUAUGUUUGUCCUGUCUUCAUGUUUAUGCUUGUGGUAACAGUUGCCAUGUAACCAAGAGUGCCAACCCCCACCUCCAGCCAUUAGACAUACCAUUAUGUGUUGGCAUCCAGUCUAAGAACCGAGAAGUCUACACAUAUAGUACAGGACCUGUUGUACAAAGCUAUCUUAGCGUUAAGGUGAUCAUACCUUAACAUAGGCUUACUAAAGAAGUAGUGCCAAGGUCGGUUUGUACAACAGGUCUUUGUACAAGGACUUUGUACAAUUAGCUUGAAUUUUGCAAGAAUGUAUGACUAUGAAUGCUCAUAAGCUGAGAGCUACUGGUGUACUAGAAGGGGUUGGCACCUUCACUAACAGCACUAACCAAUGAGAUUGAAGUAUUUGUGUACACUGUAUAUGUGCUGGAUAGAACUCAUCGCAGACAUCUUGAAUUUGGUAGUUGGAUCAUUUGUCUAUAGCUGCUGCUAGAACAAAUAUGCUUGUUGUACCAUUAUCAAGCAGCUUCAAGAAUAAAUAUGCUUGUAGGGUCAUUGUCUAGCUGCUCUUAAAAGAAACAUGCUUGUUGGGCCAUGGUACAACUGCUCCAAGAACAAAUAUGCUUGUUGGACCAUUGUCAAGGCCCUUCCAGAACAAACAUGGGAGAUAGAUAUUUCCUUGCCUCUCUUAGAACAGCUGUUUGUAGUUGGACCUUUGUCUAGUUGCUCCUACAAGAAAUGUAGGCACUUGGGGGUCUUAAGUAUUGACCUUUGUCUGGCCCCCUCCUGGAACAUGUGUUGGUUGGUGGACCUUAUGUCUGGUUCUUCUUAGAGAGAAUACCAGCUUUUAAUACUUGAAUAAGUUCAACAUGUAUGCAUGUUCUAUCCAAGUUUACUUUAGUGGGAGAAAAUAC